CAACCUACAUAUUUGAUUGACAUGUUGUUGAUAAAGAACAUUAUAAGAAGCCACUUAAUUGUGAAAAUGUCAAACUUCUAUGCACAAUUGAUUAUUUUCAUGUAAAUAAAUGUUAAACUGCUUGUGGGGCAAAGCAAAUGUCAGUCCCUAUACUAAAUUUGAUAACAUAUUUAGCAGCUGACUAACUUGUCGCACACCUCUGUGUACACUGAGUAUGAUUUAAGUCCCUCAUGUUGUUCCCAACAAAUGUCUUCAUGGCUGUUUCAGGAUCCCUCUGUCCCUCCCUCCCACAGUAACUUUAAUCUGCUGUUGACAGCCAAUGUUAGUGGCUCUAGUGCCAAACAGAUCAUGUGUGCAUUGUAAAAGGCAGCUGGAUAUCCAACUGGGCAGCACCAUGUUGUUAUUGUUAUAGCACCUUGUGCUUCUUGGGGCAUUAUUAAGAUGUGUUAACAGAUGUUACACACCAGUCCUGUAAAAUAUCUGACAAUAAUAACCCCUAAAGAGCACAAUGGGGGGUGGAGGGUUGACCUAGUGCCCUCAUACCUCUACAGUAAUUCGGCUGCCUUUACAGUUGUUAUGCAGAUGUAGCUGAUUAAUCAGGUAUAGUCUGGCUUUACUGACUUUGUCUGGCAAGUGAGGCAUUAUCUAGAGCUACUGGGUUGUUUUAACAUGUUCCUCGGUCUUUUCUUGUAGUUAGUGUAAAUCUUGAGUGUAACUGUCUGUUCCUGCCAUAUACAAAUAGGCCUCUAGUCAAGUGUAAAUGAGGUAGUAAUACAAUAAGAACAAGGGGCCUCUUUAAUGGGAAGCCUGCAGUCUGAGGGAAAUGUGUUAAGUGGUCUGUGAAUCUACACAAGCUGGUUUAUACUUGACUGUGUGUGCAGUGCACUCUUUGAAACACAAACAUGACAAAAAAAUGUCUUCAAAUUUGACGCUGCCUUAUUUGGGACAUCUGUUGGACCACGGAUGCCGACAGAGGCUAUUAUAAUGAAUCAAUAAUAAUAUAUAUAUAUUUAAUAGAAUAAAGACAGCAAUUAGCGUCCAUACUAUAUCAUUUGUGACUUUUUAAGUAAAAAAAAAUAUAUUUUCCAUCACAAACAUAAUUUACAGUCACAUAUUUGCAGUGUCACCAUCCAGCCAUGCUGAAACCAACAAGACGGGUAAAGAGAACACAUAAAUGAAUCUAAAUUAACUUGAAUGUUGUGGUUUGCACGACUUGAACCGCAGUGUUUGAAUAGGAUGUCCGAUUUUGUAUCCCAUUGUCAUUUCCUAGUUACUUCCUGUGUUUUUUCAUGUCUCCCAGGUUUGAACGUAGCUAACACUGUUCGUCCAAUGAUAUGAGUCCACAUGCAGCGCAGGGAAGAGGGGCAGCAGUGAGUCGCUUUGAUAAAACCAGACUGUCAGCGCGGUGUGGAGCCACAGAGAGCUGCGCCACGGUGAGGCACGGCACGGCACGGCGCGGUAGCGUAGCACAGUGGACUGGACUGGGUGAAUGCAGUCCUCAACAUAGGACACUGCCGCAGACACUUUUCCACCAUUUUCGGAGAUAAGCGGACGCUCAGAGUGAUUCAGAGGAAUCUGAAGAUCCCAUUUCUCGCCUGAAGAAAAUCUUAACAGGGGCCAGGGAGACACGGUAGUCCACGGUCUAUAGCUGCCGAUAGCUACCCGAGUGUGAAUGCACAGCUCUCAGUUGGCAAACUAUUUAUUCCUCUGAAAGUACUGAUUGUUGUAAAGAGUCACAAGGUACCUUACGGCACUGUGUUUUUGGGGUAAAGCUUUGUGGGAAGGAGCCGUCUGUCCGCCAUGGAGAACGCUCACACAAAGAGUGUGGAAGAAGUUUACAGUUGUUUCUGCGUCAAUGAGAGCACAGGACUUUCUCUGGACCAGGUGAAACGACAGAAGGAGAAAUGGGGCCUAAACGAGUUACCAGCAGAGGAAGGGAAAUCUUUAUGGGAGCUCGUCAUUGAACAGUUUGAAGAUUUACUUGUGCGAAUUCUUCUGCUGGCCGCAUGUAUUUCUUUUGUCCUGGCCUGGUUUGAGGAGGGAGAAGAAACUAUCACAGCAUUUGUGGAGCCUUUUGUAAUUUUACUCAUUCUUAUAGCCAAUGCCAUCGUUGGUGUGUGGCAGGAACGCAAUGCUGAGGAUGCCAUUGAGGCGCUUAAAGAGUAUGAGCCUGAGAUGGGGAAAGUGUACCGGCAGGACAGGAAGACCGUUCAGAGGAUCAAGGCCAGAGACAUUGUGCCAGGAGACAUCGUAGAAGUUGCUGUUGGAGACAAGGUGCCUGCUGACAUCCGUAUCUGUUCAAUCAAAUCAACAACGCUGAGAGUGGACCAGUCCAUUCUGACCGGCGAGUCCAUCUCCGUCAUCAAACACACCGACCCUGUGCCUGACCCUCGUGCUGUCAAUCAGGACAAGAAGAACAUGCUCUUCUCUGGUACCAACAUUGCAGCAGGGAAGGCUGUGGGUGUGGUAGUGGCAACCGGUGUUAACACAGAGAUCGGUAAGAUCCGUGAUGAGAUGGCGGCUACUGAACAGGAAAAGACGCCCCUGCAGCAGAAGUUAGACGAGUUCGGCGAGCAGCUGUCCAAGGUCAUCUCCCUCAUCUGCAUCGCCGUGUGGAUCAUCAACAUCGGGCAUUUCAACGACCCCGUCCACGGAGGCUCCUGGAUCCGUGGGGCCGUCUACUACUUCAAGAUCGCCGUGGCGCUGGCUGUGGCCGCCAUCCCUGAGGGUCUUCCUGCCGUCAUCACCACCUGCCUGGCCCUGGGCACCCGCCGCAUGGCCAAGAAGAAUGCCAUCGUCCGCAGCCUGCCCUCUGUGGAGACCCUGGGCUGCACCUCUGUCAUCUGCUCUGACAAGACGGGAACCCUAACCACCAACCAGAUGUCUGUCUGCAGAAUGUUCAUUAUGAAUAAAGCCGAAGGUGACAGCUGCUCUCUGACAGAGUUCACCAUCACAGGUUCUACCUACGCACCUGAGGGAGAAGUGUACCAUGAUGGUAAACAAGUGCAAUCCUCCCAGUAUGAUGGCCUGGUUGAACUGGCCACUAUCUGCGCCCUGUGUAACGAUUCCUCACUGGACUUCAAUGAGGUGAAGGGUGUGUACGAGAAGGUCGGUGAGGCCACAGAGACUGCACUGACCUGUCUGGUAGAGAAGAUGAACGUAUUUGACACCGACGUCCACAACCUGUCCAAGAUUGACAGAGCGAACGCUUGCAACUCAGUGAUCAAGCAGCUGAUGAAGAAGGAGUUCACUCUGGAGUUCUCCAGAGACAGGAAGUCCAUGUCUGUCUACUGCACCCCCAACAAGUCCCGUUCUUCCAUUGGCAAAAUGUUUGUCAAGGGGGCCCCAGAAGGAGUUAUUGACAGAUGCACUCAUGUCAGAGUGGGCAACAACAAAGUUCCCCUCAGCAAAAGCAUCAAAGAGAAGAUCAUGUCUGUGAUCCGUGAUUACGGAACAGGUAGUGACACCCUGAGGUGCCUGGCUCUGGCUACACGAGACAGCCCUCCCAAGAUGGAGGACAUGAUACUGUCCGACACUGCUAAAUUCUCUGAAUAUGAGUCUGACCUGACCUUCGUCGGCUGUGUCGGCAUGCUGGACCCUCCCAGACAGGAGGUGGCCGCCUCCAUCACAUUGUGCCGCCAAGCUGGCAUCCGCGUCAUCAUGAUCACUGGGGACAACAAGGGCACGGCUGUGGCUAUCUGCCGCCGUAUCGGCAUCCUGACCGAGGAGGAUGACAUCGAGCACAUGGCCUUCACUGGACGAGAGUUUGACGAACUCUCACCCUACACCCAGCGUGAGGCCGUAACCCAUGCACGCUGCUUCGCCCGUGUCGAGCCUUCACACAAGUCCAAGAUUGUCGAGAUCCUGCAAGGAUUUGACGAGAUCACUGCUAUGACGGGUGAUGGAGUGAACGAUGCCCCCGCCUUGAAGAAGGCAGAGAUUGGCAUCGCCAUGGGCUCUGGCACUGCCGUGGCCAAGUCAGCCUCCGAGAUGGUCCUCGCCGAUGACAACUUCUCUUCCAUUGUGGCCGCUGUCGAAGAAGGCAGAGCUAUUUAUAACAACAUGAAGCAGUUCAUCAGAUACCUCAUCUCCUCCAAUGUAGGGGAGGUCGUCUGCAUCUUCCUCACUGCGGCUCUGGGCUUCCCCGAGGCACUUAUCCCAGUUCAGUUGCUCUGGGUCAACCUGGUGACUGACGGCCUCCCUGCAACCGCCCUCGGCUUCAACCCCCCAGAUCUCGACAUCAUGGAGAAGCCUCCCCGCAAUGCUAAGGAGCCCCUCAUCUCUAGCUGGCUCUUCUUCAGAUACCUGGCCAUUGGAUGCUAUGUGGGAGCUGCCACAGUGGGAGCUGCUGCCUGGUGGUUUACCAUCUCUGAAGAUGGACCCCAGCUCACCCUGUACCAGCUGAGCCACUUCCUCCAGUGCGCCCCAGAAAACCCAGAGUUCGACGGAUUGGACUGCCACGUGUUUGAGUCGCCCUACCCCAUGACCAUGGCCCUGUCUGUACUUGUCACCAUUGAGAUGUGCAACGCUCUCAACAGUCUGUCAGAGAACCAGUCCCUCCUGCGGAUGCCUCCCUGGGAGAACAUCUGGCUGCUGGGGGCCAUCUGCCUCUCCAUGUCCCUCCACUUCCUCAUCCUCUAUGUGGAACCUCUGCCUGUCAUCUUCCAGAUCACCCCUCUGGACACGACCCAGUGGAUGAUGGUGCUGAAGAUCUCCCUGCCCGUCAUCCUGCUGGAUGAGCUGCUAAAGUUUAUGGCCAGGAAUUAUUCGGAAUUUGGUAAAGAGCAAGAGAAGCCAGCCAGCAAAGGCUGCUCUCUGUCUGCAUGCACCGAGGGCAUCUCCUGGCCCUUUGUGGCCAUCUCCCUGCCCCUGGUGCUGUGGAUCUACAGCACCGACACUAACGUGUCUGCCAUGUUCUGGCCCUGACUGACUCCAGUACACUACCCUCCCUGUGCACCAGUGUGAAGUGGACAUUAACACACACAUCUAACACAGUUACAUUAACUCGGAACAACUUAGAGUCAACACCUGCAUCUGCUCCGGCAGUCUGUCUACUGUCAGAUGAGGGGGG